AUGGGUGGUAAAGCAUCUACACUCAAGUUAAAGCUAGAUAUAAAUGGAAAAUGUGGAGAGGAUAAAGACAGAUGUAAUUGUGAUAAUUCUGGCAAGUUUGUCGCCGAAAAGAAGACAGAUGAUCCAGUAAAAGGCUUUACUAAAUAUGCGCACAGUGUAACAAGUGGAACAUUUACUCUAGAUGGAACGCUUGGUGGUGGAGGUAGGAUAGUAGGUUUUGCGGGAACAAGAGGACAACCCAUACAUAAGGUCAAAGAGGUAUCGGUCUACUACUGGUCUAAGAAUGAGGAAACAAAACCCCUUCUCCUUGGAAUUACCAUGACUAAUACGACUGCCUAUUAUGCCAGGAGUAGUGAUGGUGUUGAUUGGAUUAUUACUUCUCAACUCACAGGUGAACCCUUGGAGAUCAAACUGGAUUACCAAAACUGUUUACUCAACAGUGCGGUAACUAUAGAUCUUAGCAAGACUCAUGCCAACAAUAAGAAGUACUGUUGCGGUGGUAAUCAUGGUCAAAAGGUCUCCGUUACUUCUGUACCAGUUUCUUGCGUACACCAGAACUCAAAUCACCUUACAUACUACAAACACGAGACCAAUCUUGGUACUGGAAUUAAAUUAGCAGCUAUCAAGUACAAUGAUAGUAGAGGUAAAAGAAAGAGAAUAGAGAUUCCUGGUUUUGUAUUACCUACCAAUGAUUCGGUAAAGGUUUAUGUGUUCUAUUGCAGCAAAAAUCCCGAAAUCCUAUAUCUCAAAAAGAAUGGAUCUGAACUCGAUAAUAAGUGGUACAAGAGAGACCAUACUAGUGAUAUUUGGAAAGAACUCCUGGGCAUAUCCAAUGAUCCAAACAACAUCACAAACUGUAACAAUGGCUUUAAACAGCUUGUGGAUGAACUAAAGAAGGCAGGAUGUGGUGUAUCUCAAUGUACUCUAGUACCUCCCAAACCUGCUCCCCUUCCUCAACCUAUAUCGGGCCAAGCUAGGGGAGGAUCUGGUGUUGUUGGUAGUAGCCCUCCUGGUAAAAAUUCUAAAGGCUAUAAUCCGUAUAUUAUCGUCCCUUCUGUUCUUGUCCCAUCUGGCUCUCUGACCGUACUAGCCUACUGGGCCUAUACACAUACCAGAGAUCCCUGGGUACGACAAAUAUAA